AUAGCAUUUCUAUUUUAAUAUCAUUAAAGUACAAAUUGUGUGUAACCUUAAUACUAGUGGUUCAAUUUAGUGUUCAUCAUUAUAUUAAUGCUUGAGUGAGACAUUAAUGGUGAACGCAUGGUUUUGAAAUUUGUAUAUGGUUCUUCUAUUAUAGUUAUUCGUUGCUUGUGCGAGAACCAUUGCUUACGUGAGCAUCGGCUGAUCACUUACUAUAUGUCAGUGUAUCACGUGUAAGCGGAUAUGACUCGAGCGGAGUCUAUGUGCCCGAGGUUGGUCGUAGCCGCCAUGGACUUCGGGACUACAUUCAGCGGCUACGCGUUCUCCUUCCGUAGUAAUCCGCUCGACAUCCACACCAACCCUAACUGGGUGGCGGGCUGCGCCCAGCUCAUAUCCAACAAAAACCAAACAUGCGUCCUGCUGAAGCCUAACAAGGAGUUUGCGGCGUUCGGGUUCGCAGCGGAGAGCCGCUAUAUGGACCUUGCCGAGGACGACGAGCACCGAGACUACUACAUGUUUCGAAGGUUCAAGAUGAAACUCUAUGAAACAAAGAAGCUGGACAUGCACUCGACUAUUGAGGACGUGACGGGGAAGGCGCUGCCAGCUGUGGACAUAUUUGCGCACGCCAUCCGCUAUCUGCGUGAUCAUAUGCUCAACACGCUCCAGACGUGCGUCACCGGUAUCCAACCAGACGACAUCCUGUACGUUCUCACAGUGCCCGCCAUCUGGGACGAGCGCGCUAAGCAGUUCAUGCGCAAAGCCGCCAACAAGGCGGGAAUUCCCAACGACCAGUUGCGGAUCGCCCUGGAACCAGAAGCAGCCUCUGUUUGGUGCCAGGUGUGCACAGACGAUAAGAUCACGAAGUUGUCAGACGCGGGAACCAAAUACAUGGUCGUGGAUCUUGGAGGCGGGACUGCGGACAUUACGGUGCACGAGAAGCUUGUCGAUGGAAGGCUGCGGGAGCUGCACCGCGCGAGUGGUGGGGAAUGGGGCGGCAACCGUGUGGAACAGUCAUACAUAGACUGUCUCACCGCUAUGGUGGGACAUGAAGUGAUGGAUGAGUUCCGGCGGGAACACACGGGCGACUACAUGACGCUCCUUAUGGACCUGGAGACCAAGAAGCGGACAGUCACCGCAAGCCUAGAGGGCAAAGUCACGCUAACCGUGCCCUUGACCUUCUCGGAGUGCUGCCAUAAACACGACAUCAAUAUUCAGGACAGGAUCAACAAAUCUCCAUUUAAGGACAAGAUGAAGUGGACUAGAGAUAGAUUCCGGAUCGAUAAAACGGUGGCUAAAUCCCUGAUUGACAUUCCGUUGCGACCACUCAUGCACCAUAUUGACGGAAUGUUCAAAGAACCAUCGCUAAAAGAUGUCAACGCAAUAUUGUUGGUCGGUGGUUUUGCUGAAAGCGAGAUUGUUCAGGCGGAGUUUAAAAAGAUGUUUCCUGAUAAAAUCCUUAUGAUUCCGAAAGACGCCAGCCUUGCAGUGCUUAAGGGAGCCGUUCGAUUUGGCCACAUGCCUGACGUCAUCUCGAACCGUAUCGCGCGCUAUUCGUUUGGUCGUGAGGCGUGGCCAAAAUUUGAUGAGGGCGAACAUGACCCCGGGCGGAAGACGAAAUACUGCGGGAAUGAUGUGUGCCAGCAGUAUUUUUGGAAGAUGGUGGAGAUCGGGGACGACCUGCCGCUCGGGAAGGAAGUGAGCGAGGAGAUCCCAGGGCUAUCCGCGGAACAGACCGGUGCCCACAUCAAGGUGUUCUGCUCAGCGAGCACCGACACUAAAUAUGUCGACGAGGACACGUGCACUCAGCUGGGAGAGCUUAUAGUCCCAUUGCCAGACUCCAGCGAUCCAAAGGACAAAAACAUCAAAGUUUCCUUCAUAUUUGGUGACACGGAGCUGAAAGUCUGGGUUCAAAUUAUAAAGACUGGCGAAGAAUUAGAAAGGAACGUUGAUCUGUGAUUUUCUACAUACUGUUUGAAUCAAAUGUUUUUUUGUAUAUUUGGUAUUUUUGUUAUUUAAUUUAAACAUAAUUGGACGCAUUUGUGUGUGUGAAUUGUAUUAUCGGUUGUGACAUAUCUUUGUUAUACGUGCAUGCAUGUUUUGCUUAUAUGUAGCCUGUGAACAUCUUACAUGUAUAUACUGUUUAUAAAGUAUAUUUAUACGGGCUGUAAAUAGCAAUAAAAUGGAAAGGCCAUGAA